AGCCCUGUUGAUAGCGCCCGGUGGCCGCGGGCCCCCCGGCGGGGCGGCGGGGCCAUGUCCGCGCUCUACGAGAACCUGAGGCAACUGAUCACCGUGGUGGACGAGCUCCGAGACGUGGGCCUCCAGCACUACAUCAGCCUGCCCCGGAUCGCGGCGAUAGGAACCCAGAGCAGCGGCAAGAGCUCUCUGAUCGAGUCGGUCGUCGGGCUGGACUUCCUGCCGCGCGGUGGGGGCGUGGUCACCCGAAGACCGCUGGAGCUGCGGCUGGUGCACCUGAACGGCCAGGAGUACCAGGGCGACCAGGCGUGGGGGGUGUUCGACAAGAUCCCAGACAAGAAGUUCACGAACUUCGACCAGGUCCGGGAGGAGAUCGAGCGGCAGACGGAGGAGAUCGCGGGCAGCAACAAGGGCAUUGUCAACGACCCCAUCGUGCUGACCGUCUACUCCACCAGCGCCCCCGACCUGAGCCUCGUCGACCUGCCAGGCAUCACGAGGGUGCCUGUCAAGGGGAGCGACCAGAGCGAGGACAUUGAGAAGCUGACCCGCGAUAUGACGAAUCACUACAUCAAUGACCCACGCCCCCCUGGUUGA